AUGCCAGUUAUGCCAGUUCAAAAUUCCAAUCAAAAUUUUAGUGCCAGUCGUUUUGAAGAAAAUCUGGUUUACCUAGAUGAUUACCUUGAUACUUUGGAAUCUUUACCUGCCGAGAUGCAACGUAGUUUAACUUUAAUGCAACAACUAGAUGCGAGUGCACAAGAAGAACUUGAUAAAGUUGGAGAGUUCUCCAUGCAAUUCUUAGAUACAGUUGGUGACCUUACACCCGAACAAAGGGUUGAACAACUUAAAAAACUUGGGGACUUAUUAUCUUCAACUUCGAAAUAUGCUGAAGAGAAAGUUUCCCUUGCCACUUCAACUUAUGACACGGUGGAUCGUCACAUUCGAAGGUUAGAUGAUGAUCUUCAAAAAUUUGAAGACGAACAAAUGACUGGACCUGGUAGAAUAAAUGCCACAACAACUAAUGUUACCAAUAUUACCAAUACCAAUAAUUCUAAUAAUAUCGCCAUUACUGGAUCUAAUAAUAGUAAUCGAGGAGGUGGAGGGGAAGAAUUACAACAUCAAUUACCAAAUCGUAAACAAAUUAUUAAAAGUGAAAGAGGAGAUAAAAAAGAUUCUAAAAAUGAAAAACGUAAUAAUGGAGAACCACCUACUAAAAAACAUACUCAAAGUGUUGAUAUGCCAAUUGAUCCUAAUGAACCGAUAUAUUGUUAUUGUAAACAGGUUAGUUAUGGGGAAAUGGUGGCAUGUGAUAAUAGUGAAUGUGAAAUUGAAUGGUUUCAUUUUUCUUGUGUGGGACUUACCGAUAGACCGAAAGGUAAAUGGUAUUGUCAAGAAUGUUCCGAAAAAUCGCGAAAUAGUUACGAUUAG